AUCGCAAGUUCAUGGUUUGAUCGAACCAACUCUGUAUGACAUCUAUGCUGUCUGUAUAUGAUAUUCUCUCCUGGACUUGACCUUUUUGUCAGAUCACAGUACCUAUAUUACUUUUAAUGGUGGUCCGUUGUUAGUUUAAUUUUCAACAUUGUUUCCUCAGUGGAAAGGACAAAUUAAAAGAUGGCUGUGGCUGCCAGGGCAUUUUCAAAAUUUACAGUUAGAAACUGUGGAAGUUUAUUACGCUCUCAGGUGAGAUUUAAUUAUACAGAAACUAGGAAGAAUUUAAAAAUUGAUGCAAAUACCAAAGUGAUAUGUCAAGGUUUUACUGGAAAGCAAGGAACUUUCCAUUGUCAACAAGCUCUUGAUUAUGGUACAAAGAUAGUAGGUGGAGUUAGUCCUAAAAAGGCAGGCACAGUACAUCUUGGGAAACCAGUAUUUAAGACAGUUAAGGAGGCGAAAGAAGCGACUGGAGCUUCUGCAUCAGUUAUUUAUGUUCCUCCCCCAGCUGCAGCAUCAGCCAUUAUGGAAUCAAUUGAUGCUGAGAUGCCUUUAAUUGUUUGUAUUACAGAGGGUAUUCCUCAGCACGAUAUGGUUAAAGUAAAGAGACGAUUGCUUGAACAAAAUAAAUCGCGUUUGAUUGGUCCAAACUGCCCUGGAAUAAUAGCACCUGAACAGUGUAAAAUUGGUAUUAUGCCUGGCCAUAUACAUCAAAAAGGAAAGAUUGGUAUUGUCUCAAGAUCAGGAACUUUAACUUAUGAGGCUGUAAAUCAAACGACCCUUGCAGGACUUGGGCAAACAUUAUGUGUUGGUAUUGGCGGCGAUCCAUUCAAUGGCACUGAUUUUAUCGAUUGUUUAGAUGUAUUUCUUACUGAUCCAGAUUGUGAUGGCAUUAUAAUGAUAGGAGAGAUUGGUGGUAGUGCAGAAGAAUUAGCAGCAGAAUAUCUCAUCGAGAAGAAUACUGUUGGUUGCUGUUCUGAGUUAUUGGGUGGAAAAGCUAAGCCAGUAGUAUCAUUUAUUGCCGGUAUUACUGCACCACCAGGACGAAGAAUGGGACAUGCUGGUGCUAUAAUCUCAGGAGGAAAGGGUGGUGCGCAAGAUAAAAUUAAUGCACUUGAAAAAGCUGGUGUAAUAGUAACAAGGAGUCCUGCACAAAUGGGUAAUGAACUUCUAAAGGAAAUGACACGACUUGGUUUGGUCUGUAAUUAAAACAUGCACUACUAUAAUUCUGUGUAGUUUCCUUCAUGUUCAUGUAUCUUCAUGAAAAAUAAAUUGAAAGUACAGCAAUAACUCACACAGAACAUAGUAGUGUAAUAUAUUGAAGAAUGGAAAUUAUUUCACGUACUAAUAAUAUAUCAACUAUUCUCAUUGCCAUAUAUAUAGAUCAAAGUUAAAUAUAGCAGAAAACUGAUAUUUUUUAAAGAAUUUAUUUAACUGCAAACAAUUGUUUAUAAUACUUUUACAUUAGCUGUUGCGUUAAUAGUGGCAGAUGUCUUAAGAAUAAUUUACAAAUUAUCUAAGGGAACGUUAAACUGCCAUUUGUCUAUAACAGUUUUGACUAAUGCAAAGUUAUAAAUUUUUCUAUGUAAGCAUAGUUUUUUGAAGAACGGUUGUUUAAGUAUAUACACAGUAUAUUUUAUUGUAAAUUAUAUCAAGCGUAAUAUAUUACACAGUAAUCUUUAAACUCUAUGGAUCGUGUAUCCUUAUAUUGUAAAGUGUGUUACAAAUUGAAAUAUAUAUAUAAAUUUUGCUGUUUG